AAUGUGAUUAAUUCAUUUAUUUGUUAAACAAAUUUUAAUAAGAUUUUUUUUUGCAAAAAAAAAUGGCUGACAAGAAGAAUCUCCUUUUGCUACUUGAACGUCCACAAGAACCUGUGUUCAUGGUAAAAGGCAAAGAGGCAACCGUUUUCGAUAUUCCCGAUAAGUAUUUUACCGAUCGUUACAAGCCUCUCGGUAAUGUCGUCACUUCGAAAUUCGGUGAGAACGUUGAUCGAAAAAUUCCCGUCAAGGAUUUGCCUCAACCUGAUCUGAGGGAAGUUAUGGCAUUGGGUCGACGGGAGCCAUUCUCCUUGUUCAUUCCUCGUCAUUCGAAGAUUGCUUCCAAGCUAAUUGACAUUUUUAUGCAGGCUCGUUCAAUUGAUGAACUUCAAAGCAGAGCUGUCUAUGCUAGAGAUCGCGUCAAUCCUAUUUUAUUCAACUACGCUCUCAGUGUUGCUUUACUCCAUCGAUCUGAUACCAAAGGCUUAAAUCUUCCAUCGUUCGUCGAAACUUUCCCCGAUAAGUUCAUUGAUUCAAAAGUUAUUUCCCAAGUCCGUGAGGAAGCAACUGUUGUUAAACCCGAAUCACGAAGGCCAAUUAUCGUACCGAGAGACUACACUGCUUCUGAUCUUGACGAAGAGCAUCGAUUGUGGUAUUUCCGCGAGGAUAUGGGUCUAAAUCUUCAUCAUUGGCAUUGGCAUUUGAUUUAUCCUCCGGAAGCCUCCGAUCGUGCUAUCGUAGCUAAAGAUCGUCGUGGAGAAUUGUUCUAUUACAUGCAUCAGCAAAUCGUUGCUCGUUAUAACUUGGAACGUUUUUGCAAUAAUAUGGCUCGAGUUAAACGCUUCAAUAAUUUACGUGAACCUAUUGCUGCUGGGUACUUUCCGAAAAUGGAUUCUCUAGUUGCCAGUCGUGCUUGGCCACCUCGAGGACCGAAUACGAAGAUUAGUGAUCUUAAUCGGGAAACUGAUCAAAUAAAAGUGGAUAUUGAUGAUUUGGAACGCUGGAGGGAUCGCAUAUACGAAGCUAUUCAUCAAGGAUUUGUGGUUAAUGAAUCGGGAAAACGUAUUCCUCUUGAUGAAACGAAGGGUAUUGAUAUUCUUGGUGAUAUUCUCGAUUCAUCAAUUCUAUCAGUGAACCGUCAGUUUUAUGGUAAUCUUCAUGGAUUUGGUCAUGUCUUCAUUUCUUUUGCCCACGAUCCUGAUCACCGUCACUUGGAGAAUUUCAGUGUGAUGGGAGAUAAUACAACUACCAUGCGAGAUCCAGCCUUCUACAACUUGCAUUCAUUUGUUGAUGAUAUCUUCCAAACUCACAAGGAACUCCUACCACCAUAUACCCUUCCAGAAUUAAGUUACCGGGGUAUAAUAAUAACUGGUAUCCAGGUUGCUAGCAAAGGCGGUAAACCAAAUGUUCUCAAUACUUACUGGCAACAAUCUGAUAUUGAUUUAUCCCGUGGAAUGGACUUUGUACCAAGGGGAAACGUAUUGGCUAGGUUCACUCAUUUGCAACAUGACGAUUUUGAAUAUACCAUCAAUGUGAAUAAUGAUAGUGGUGCUCAACGUUUCGGAACUGUUCGCAUAUUUUUGGGACCGAAAUUUGACGAACGUGGUCAACAAAUGUUGUAUCGCGACCAACGGCUUUUGAUGAUUGAAUUGGAUAAAUUUAUCGCUUCUCUUAAACCUGGUGCGAAUACUCUUCGACGUAAGUCAACGGAUUCUAGUCUCACUAUUCCUUUCGAAAGGACUUUCCGUAAUGUUGAUAUUAACCGUCCAGCUGAGGGCACUCCUGAUGAGUUGGAAUUUAACUUCUGUGGAUGUGGUUGGCCACAACACUUGUUAAUUCCCAAAGGACGUCCAGAAGGCAUGCAGUUUCAGCUAUUUGUUAUGAUAUCUGACUAUGAAGUUGAUAGGGUUGAUCAAGACUUGGUAGGCAGUUGUAGUGAUGCUUCAUCAUAUUGCGGUGUUCGUGAUCGCCUUUAUCCUGAUCGUCGUUCAAUGGGAUAUCCAUUCGAUCGUUUGAGUCGCACUGGAACCGAUAAUUUGGCCAAGUUUUUGACACCAAAUAUGAGAGUUACUGAUAUUACUAUACGACAUACUGAUCGAACAACAAUGCGUCAAUAAAAAAGUUAAAAGAAUACAUCAUUGAUGAUUACACUGAUUGGGACAUGUUAAACCGGAAAAAAGGAACAAUAAUAAAUUGAGACCAUACCAACGUGAUUGCUUGUUUUUUUUUU